AUGGCUGCCGGGAAACUCCUCAUCGACGUCCACACCCACGUCUAUCUUCCUCGCUAUGCUGCCUUCCUCCGGAGCCGCACCGACGUGCCGCGUAUCUUCACUCGCACCUCCCCCGAGGGCCAGCCCGAAGAGCGUUUGCUCAUUCUCGACGAUGAGCCUCCUACCGGCCGCCCCGUUGGGGCCCAGUACUGGGACAGGGACGAGAAGCUCAAAUUCAUGGACCUUCACUCGAUCGACAUGUCUGUGGUCAGUUCUGCGAACCCAUGGCUCGACUUCCUCCCCGCAUCGACGGCCCACAAGCUCGCCGAGGAGCUCAACGUUGACCUCGAGGACUUCUGCGCCACGGGACCCACCCUGUCUCCCACCCUGAAACGGCUCUACGGCUUCGGCCUUCUCCCACUCGUCCCGGGGGCGUCAACGGCGGAGCUUGUCUCGACCGUCGAGCAGAUCGCCCGCCUGCCGCACCUCAAGGGCCUCAUCAUGGGCACGAAGGGCGUUGGAAAGGGUCUCGACGACGACGCACUCGAGCCGGUCUGGGCCGCGAUCGAGCAGGCCGGGCUCAUCGUUUUCUUGCACCCGCACUACGGCGUGGACAAGAACGCGUGGGGCGAGAAGGAGAACGGGCACGUUCUGCCCCUCGCGCUCGGCUUCCCGUUCGAGACCACGAUUGCCACGACCCGCCUGAUCCUCGCCGGCGUGCUCGACCGCUACCCCUCGCUGAAGCUCCUCCUCGCGCACUCCGGCGGCGCCCUCCCCCAGCUCUCCUCCCGCCUGGCGUCGUGCGUGACGCACGACCCGCUCGUCGCCUCGCGCCUCCAGCACGACGCGCGCUUCUACCUCGGCCGCCUCCACUUCGACGCCGUCGCAUACGGCGCGGAGGAGCUCGGCUUCGUCGCGGACGCGGCCGGCCGCGCGCACGCGUACGCGUCGACGGCCGCGUCCGCGACGGCGAGCGUCGGCGCGGCCGGGGCGGGCAAGCGCUGGAAGAGCGUGGUGGAGAACCUGGAGGCGAUCGAGGGCGUCGACGGGUGGGGCGAGGGGGAGAAGGACGCGGUCCGGGGCGGGAACGCGCUCAGGCUGCUGGGCUUGGGCGCGUGA